AAUUGAGAUAUUUAGUCAGAAAACACCAAAACCCUCCUCCGUUCCAGACCUUGAGCUUCCUUGUUCUAUUCACUCCCAACUCUUCUUCUGCUACUCUCAGGUCUUUGGUUCUGGAGUUUGUAAAUUCCUGCAGUGGUUGGUCUCAGUAUGGCAACUUACGUUUCACCGUGUUUCACUCCUUCGGAUUCUCGGUUGCUAACUGUUCUUAGAAAGAAUGUAUUACCGGAGAAUCAUUUAGGCAGGGUUAACUCCAUUAGAAUGAUUGAGAGUAAGAAAAACCGACUUGUUGCUGCUGCUGCUCAGAAAUCUGAAUCUUCGCCAAUCAGAAACUCUCCACGGCAUUUCCAAAGCCAAGCUCAAGAUCCUUUCUUGAACCUUCACCCGGAAAUAUCGAUGCUUAGAGGUGAAGGGACCAGUACAAUAGUCAAUCCAAGGAAGGAAACGUCUUCUGGACCUGUUACUGAGGAUUUUGAAGAGCCGUCUGCUCCGAGUAACUACAAUGAGGCGAGGAUUAAAGUUAUUGGUGUGGGAGGUGGUGGAUCAAAUGCUGUGAAUCGUAUGAUAGAGAGUGAAAUGUCAGGCGUGGAGUUCUGGAUUGUGAACACUGAUAUCCAGGCUAUGAGAAUGUCUCCUGUUUUACCUGAUAAUAGGUUACAAAUUGGUAAGGAGUUGACUAGGGGUUUAGGUGCUGGAGGAAAUCCAGAGAUCGGUAUGAAUGCUGCUAGAGAGAGCAAAGAAGUUAUUGAAGAGGCUCUCUAUGGCUCAGAUAUGGUCUUUGUCACAGCUGGAAUGGGUGGUGGAACUGGCACUGGCGCAGCCCCUGUAAUUGCAGGAAUCGCCAAGGCGAUGGGUAUAUUGACAGUUGGUAUUGCCACAACGCCUUUCUCGUUUGAGGGUCGAAGAAGAACGGUUCAGGCCCAAGAAGGGCUUGCAUCUCUCAGAGACAAUGUUGACACUCUCAUCGUCAUUCCAAAUGACAAGUUACUUACAGCUGUCUCUCAGUCUACUCCGGUAACGGAAGCAUUUAAUCUAGCUGAUGAUAUACUCCGUCAGGGGGUUCGUGGGAUAUCUGAUAUCAUUACGAUUCCUGGAUUGGUGAAUGUGGAUUUUGCUGAUGUGAGAGCUAUAAUGGCGAAUGCGGGGUCUUCAUUGAUGGGAAUAGGAACUGCAACAGGAAAGAGUCGGGCAAGAGAUGCUGCUCUAAAUGCGAUCCAAUCACCUUUGUUAGAUAUUGGGAUUGAGAGAGCCACUGGAAUUGUUUGGAACAUUACUGGUGGAAGUGACUUGACAUUGUUUGAGGUAAACGCUGCUGCGGAAGUAAUAUAUGAUCUUGUCGAUCCAACUGCCAAUCUUAUAUUCGGUGCUGUUGUAGAUCCAGCCCUCAGCGGUCAAGUAAGCAUAACCCUGAUAGCUACGGGUUUCAAACGACAAGAAGAGGGAGAAGGACGAGCGGUUCAGAUGGCACAAGCAGAUGCUGCGUCAGUUGGAGCUACAAGAAGACCCUCUUCCUCCUUUAGAGAAAGCGGUUCAGUGGAGAUCCCGGAGUUCUUGAAGAAGAAAGGCAGCUCUCGUUAUCCCCGAGUCUAAGCCCGAUCUAAUCACUAUACUGCACACUGCAGCAAUAACAAACGUGUGUGUACUGGUACUGCCUUCUCUCUCGGAUACAGCAAGAUGUUUUGAUGUAUGAUCAAGAAUCUGUGUGGGUGUGUAUAUGCUCUCUCUCUGUCUCUGCCUCUGGUCGUGUUCUUGAAUAGGUUGUUUUAGAAAUCGGAGUUCUCUCUAUGUCACUUCCCAAACAAAAAAGGAGAAGAAGAAUCACACUUCUCAAACCAUAAACAUAUAACAUUAUGAGAGUUUUAGCAGAGUAUUGUUGUCAUUUUUCAUUCAGUAAAAAAAAAUUCAAUAGCGA